AUGCCAAAGAGAACAAAGAGAGAAGAAGAGGAAGUUGAAUCUGAAGAGGAGGUAGUUGAUCAAGUCAAUGAAGAUGAAGAAGAGCAAGAUGAUGAUGAUGACACCGCCACAACAUCAACAACUUCAACUACAUCAACUACAACUACAACAAACUCAAAGAAGAAGUCAGCCAAGACAGACGCUGACGAUGAAUCAAAGAGGAUAAUGGAUAUAUUUCACAUUGACAACAUUGACAAGUUGACAGAGCAUGAGUUCCAUGCUGUGUUUGAUACGAUGGCCAACAGACUGCUGAACGAUGUUGUGCUGAUGGUGGGCGGCGUGCCACACAUGCUCAACGAGAUCGAGUACUACUUCAAGGGCUACAACCACGUCGACCAGUACGCACACGGCGACGUCAACCAGCAAAAGAUGUGCACGUGGUACUUCCAUCGCCAGAAUGGUGGCGCGUACAAGACCGCCUCGUACAAGGGUCUGGACAUGACGUUUGGCGACGGCACCGCCUUUGCCGGAAUCCUGAUCAGAGGCAUCGAGCGCGUCGACAACAAGCCGGUGCUCAUCGACGGCCCCUCCCUGUGCGUGGACCACCUGCUCAAGGUUGCGGGCGAGGCCACCAUCGACGCAUUCGUCGCCAAGCACGGCACCUCUCUACUUCCCGGCGACAACAAACACAUGCAUCUGGUGAUGCGCGACCACGCCGCACUCAAGAAGCCCGUCGUCCAGAAGCCCAUCGCGUCCGGCCGUGUCGGCCUCACGAUGAAGCUGUACCGCAAGGACAAGGAGUACUACUUUGGUCGCGACUACCGUUAUAUCCGCAUGCCAGACAAGGUCAAGAAGGGCAAGCACUACAUGAACACAGCGCUCUACAAACAGGGCAUGAAGGCACAGGAAAUCAAGGACGUCACCAAGUCCACGAUCGCAUCGAUUGGCAACUGUAUCAAAGCAUUUGACGCAGGUGUCAAGAAGACCAAGUCCAAAGCAGAUUUGGACAAGUAUAAAGGCAGUCUUUCCAACGAUGACGUUUGCGAACUAGUUGGAGUAUGUCAUGCAUUGGAGAAGAUGCGUGGUUCAUCAUCCACCACCACCAACGACACUGCAGCUCAUGAAGAUGACGUAGUCGAUGGAGCUGACGAAGGUGAGGCUCUUGAGUCCGAUGAAUAA